AUGUCUUUUUGGGUUAUUCUUGUGGCUACAUCUCAGCCUGCUUGGCAAAAGGCCAUACUAAAAGACUUUCAUGCUCUUGAGUUAGAUGUCAAUAAUGAUUUUCUUCAUGGUGAUCUCUAUGAAGGUGUCUAUAUGAAAGUGCCCCCGUCUUCAGAUCAAAUUUCUUCUUCCUGUUCACAGUCUUCUACUCCCUUGUUUACAAACUCAAGAAGUCCUUGCUACAUCCUAAGCAAGAAUGAUUAUUCUCUUUUCACCAAGUCAUCUGAUCCUUCCUUGGUUGUUUUAGUGGUAUAUGUUGAUGACAUUUUAUUGGCUGGUUCUGAUAUAUUUGAAAUGACUACCCUAGAGACUUUCCUUGAUGAUCAUUUCAAAAUUAAGGAUUUGGGUUCGGUGCAUUAUUUUUUGGGCUUGGAAAUCACUACUCAUCCUUCUGGUUAUUUGAUGAAUCAACACAAAUACACUUACGAUUUGUUGGAAGAAUUUAAUUGCUCUCAUUUUACCCCUGUUUCUACCCCUUUGGAUCUUGCAAUUAAGUUAACCCCUGAUCUUGGCGAACCUUUGUCUGAUCCUACCACUUACAAAAGGCUAAAUGGUAAACUAAAUUUUCUACAACACACCAGGCCUGAUGUGUCUUUUGUUGUGCAACAUCUUAGCCAGUUCUUUAACUGUCCAAGGGUUCCUCAUAUGUUGGCUGGUAGUUGUCCAGUCUCUUGGAAGAUUAAGAAGCAGCCUACUAUAUCUAGUUCAUCUGCAGAAGCAAAGUAUAGGGCCUUGAGAAAAGUGGUGGCUGAAGCUACUUUACAUAUAGCUAAAAAAUAUGUUUUCCAUGAACGCACGAAGCAUAUCGAGCUUGAUUACCAUUUUGUUCGUGUUUCUGAUCUGAUUUCUCUUCAUUUUGUGAGAUCUGUUGACCAGUUAGCUGAUAUUUUGACAAAGGCAUUGCCUGGUCCUCUUCAUCAUUCACUUUUGCGCAAGCUAGCCGUGCUUGAUCCCUGCAGCUUGAGGGGGGAUGUUAACAUUAGCCCAUCUCCAGAUGUUCACCCAGGCCCAGGCUAA